GGGGGCAGUAGGAGUGGAGGAUCCUGAGGCGAGCAGUCCUCACACGGAGCCCUCGUACCGGAGGUGGAGGUGAUACCGCCCUCCUGCUGCCAAAAACCUCCGCCUUCCGACUUGAAACCGGAGCCCCGGCGUGCGGAGCGGGAUGCAUCGAUCUGUGUCCUGUUAAGAGCCGAGGUCCUCCUGGCAGGCUCAGACCCGGGGAAUGGAGCAGGAAUCCGGUGUGUCGUCUGCAGGGAGUUUCAUCUCCCUGAACGAGCAGGAGCAGAGGUAUUACUCAGGUCUGCACGCCCUGUGCCAAGCUGACACCUCAGGAACACUGUCAUCCAGUAAAGUGGCCGAGCUGCUGAAGGCGUCUCAGCUGCCUGCUGAAGCCCUGCAUAAAGUGACCGAGGUGUGUGGAGCAAAGCGUCUGGGAUACUUUGGUACUCCUCAGUUCUACGUGGCACUGAAGCUGCUGGCGGCCGCUCAGUCUGGCUUGCCCGUCCACCUGGAGAGCAUAACGGCCAAUCUACCUCUGCCUAGAUUUGCUGGGCUGAAGAAUGAACCAGAGAUGAGAUAUUCAUCCGUCCCUCAGAGCAUAGACGGUCAGGGGGCUCCGUGUGGAACGGCACCUGGUUCAGUCUCCUGGACUCCAGCAGAUCGAAGCGCCUUCAGGCACCAGGAGGCCAGCGUUGAGAAGAAGGAACCCUGGUCCCCCCCACGAUCACCGAGCAGUUCUCCCCCUCAGUCUCCCCUCGCUUACCGCAGCUACCCGUACGCCAAGCAGAGAAAUGGGGCUGACGCACAAAUUGCGUAUGAAAGCAAACAUUUCUCCCGGCCGAUCGUUCAGCUCGAGCAGCACUCCUCACCUGCUAAAUACGGGACCAAACCCACUGUGGAGCACCCCGCUAUGGCUCGGACAUCCUCGUCAGAGAGGCUGGACCAGCAGGGUGUAGUGGAGUACUCAGACGAUGACCCCUGGAGGAUCACAGAGGAACAGCUGGAGUAUUACACCAACCAGUUCAAGAGCCUGCAGCCUGACCUGGGGGCUCUCAUCCUGGGAACCAUUGCAAAGAACUUCUUCACAAAAUCCAAGCUCCCGAUACCAGAGCUCUCCCACAUUUGGGAGUUGAGUGAUGUGGACAGAGACGGAGCUCUGACGUUUGCUGAGUUCUGCACAGCUUUUCAUUUGAUCGUCGCUCGUAAGAACGGUUAUCCUCUCCCAGAGAACCUGCCUCCGACGCUGCGGCCGGGCUUUCUGCAGGAAGAGGACAUACCGGACACACCUGAGAGUGCUGAGCCCCUGAUAGUCUUUACUGACCUGAGGUCAAAUCAGAUGGAUCAGAACAUACGAGAGAGACUCCAGCCAAGCCUGGUUAUAACAAAACAAGAUAUACAAGAUGAGUCAUGUCAACAAGCUGCUUUCCACGUUGACAUUUCAGAAGUCAGUGUGAAGAGGCUGACAACAUCUCUACAGAGACGGACUCUACGACUCGGUGCGUUUCCUGAACGACCAGAGCCGCCUCACGACCUGGAUACACAGAUGAGGACAAAAACUAGACCCAGGUCGUUCUCCAGCACUUCUAUUGAAGAUGCCAUGAAGAAAUCAGAGGAGCCCCCCACGCCUCCUCCUCGGCCCCAGAAAACUCACUCCCGAGCCUCCUCACUGGACCUCAACAAGCUCUUUCAGCAGGGAGCUCCAGGGGUGAAAAGUGGCUGGUUGCCUCCUCCUCCAGCUCUCCCUCCCAGACCAGCAGCUACACAGGUUCCUCAUUUUAUUACCGUUCCAGAGAAAUCUGGUCAGAAAAAAGUGCAGCAGCCAAACUUUGCAGACUUCAGUCACUUCAGAGAAGAGGAGAAGAGCGGUGUGAAGCAUGACGAUCAGGGUCCUCGCUCGCGGUUUGAUCGAAGUACUGAAGACUUGACUAAUGCUUCAAAACAGGAGGUGACUGGAGUCUCUCACAGUCAGGUGCCACAGAAGCCAGUCCGCAGGAAGUAUCACCCGGAGAGUCAGAACCUGGAGAGCGGACCUUCUCCUGCCAUGUCGUUUCCUCCUCCAACCAAACCUGCUCCCAAGCUGCAGUCCAAACAGAAGAGGGAGAUCCAGAUGGCGAUCCGUAAAAACAAGGAGUCCAACGCUGUGUUGACACGCCUCAAUAGUGAGCUCCAACAGAAACUAAAGGUGGUUCAUCAGGAGAGGGUCACCUUAGAGUCCCAGCUGGAGCUGCUGCGGCCCCUGGCCUCCACGUGACUGAUCCUGAGGUCUGGUUAGAGUCGGGUUACCUGUGUCUCUAUCCAACAUGAAUGUGUGAGCUGAGUAAUAGACAGUUGGUGUCUUUUGUAAUGAAAACAUAAAUGUAUAAGAGCUAACGCUGGAAGCAGAAGAGCACAGAGAUGUAGCUGCAGUCCCACAUCCAGAUGUGACUCUUUGUUAAUUUAGAUAUUUUGCAGGAUUACAACGUUAUGUCGUUUUUUAACCCCUGUUUGAAAUGCAUAUGUCAAAUAUUCUGUUAUUCAUUGUGACAUUCUAACUUAUUUUUUCUCCCUAAUCCGCUGUUAUAGUUUCUCUCAUGAAUCUUACUUUGCUUACAGAACAUCAAACAGUGUGUGCUUGUUUCCCCAUCACUCUGACACAUGUUUAUGUUCUGACUCUGUGAUGGAAACUAUAAAGAACUCUGUUUUUUAUACAGAGCAUUUCAUACAGACCAUGUGUGGUCUAAAGCAAGUGAUGGUGCUACUUUUUCUGAAUGGGUUUACUUUUGCUCUUAGUCUUUAAAAAAAAGCACAUUAGCAAGGUUGAACUUCAGAUUUGCAGCCUUACAGAAUUUGAUUGUCUGAAAAUUAAUUAAAAGAAUGAUCUGACGAAUGUUGACACUGGAUUUAUAUAAAAUAAGAAGCUUUUACUUGAAUGUUUUCUCUUUCUUUUAUUUAAGCACUAUCUGUUGAUUUUUAGAUCCCUUCAUGUUUCUGCACCGUGUCAAUGCUGAUACAAUAUGUUGCAAAUGUUCAAGUUGGAAAAAGGGUUCUUGAGGAAAAAAGAUGAGCGAAACAUUUGUCUUUUCUUGCUAAAUAUAUUUUAAAACAGCUCAUGUUGUCAAAGAUAAGGUGUCUGCUGCGGAAAGUUGCUUCUGACUGUCCUUUAAAUCCCCCUGAUUGGUCUUGAUGGUAGAUGAAGCUGUUGAAAUAAUGAUGGCAUGUUUGAUACUGCAUGCUUGUGAGCAUUGGACUGCGAAAUGAACCUUAAAAAAUGCACAACUGAUCUCUGGGCUGAAAACAUGAAUCAAAUGAAUCAAUAAAGUGUUCUAUUUUUAA